CGCGUCGACGCGCGAUUUCCGAGGCGGCGUGCGACGUCGUCGCGUGUCUCGCGGGGAGGUCGCGAGCGCGUUCGUCGCGAGCGAGCGCGAAGAAACGACCGCGCGUCGGGUGACCGGAGUGAAGAAGAGACGGCACGAUGGAGAAAGCCGUCGAACGCCUCGCGGGGAUGCAGAAGUACCGCGAGAACGUCAGGAACAUAUGCGUCCUCGCGCACGUGGACCACGGGAAGACGACUCUGUCCGACGGUCUCAUCGCACACAACGGUUUCAUAAGCCAGAAGCUCGCGGGGAAGCUCCGGUUCAUGGACUUUCUCGACGACGAGCAGCGACGAGGCAUCACGAUGAAGUCCGCCGCCAUAUCGCUCCUGUACACCCCGAAGCUCCCAGUCGGCGGCGGAGAGAACGCGCCGGAGCCGCUGCUGAUAAACCUCAUCGACUCCCCCGGGCACGUGGACUUCUGCAGCGAGGUGUCGACCGCCGCGCGGUUGAGCGACGGCGGCCUCGUCGUCGUGGACGUCGUCGAGGGCAUCUGCGUGCAAACGCACGCGGUGCUACGACAGGCGUUCGAAGAGCGCCUCGCGCCGUGCCUCGUGUUUAACAAGCUCGACCGGCUGAUAAUAGAGAUGGGAUACACCCCGCAGGAGGCGUACGAGCGGAUGCGGAACCUGUUGUACGAGAUAAACGGCGUCAUGUCCGCGUUCGUGUCCGAGAAGUUCAUAUCGCAGGCGGACGCGUUGCUCGCGACGUCGUCCGAGGCGCGCGACGACGACCGCGACGAGCCCGAGGUGGAGCUCGAGGACGCGAAGAUCGUCGGGAAGAAGACCGCGGCGGGGAAGCUCAAGCCGCUGUUCGUGCAGCUCGUGUUGGAUCCGAUAUGGAAGCUGUACCACGCCGCGGAGGCGGAGAAGCACGGGUAUCCCCCGGAAGGGAAAGGUCUGAACGAGAUGGCGUCGUCGCUGAAAUUAGACGUCGAGGAGAAGGACCUCGCGUCCACGGAUCGAAAGCACACGUUAAACGCGAUCCUGAAAGCGUGGCUGCCGCUGUCGCCCACGAUCUUAGAGAUGGUCGCGCACUCCCUCCCGAGCCCGGUGCAGUCCGCGCCGCACCGCGUGUUCCGUCUGAUGCCGACGCCGACGCUCAAGGAGGAGCUCACCCCCGCCGCCGCGAAGGAGCUCGCGUCCGCGCGCGAGGCGCUGGCGUCGUGCGACACCACCCCGGGGUGCCCGACGACGGCGUACAUCAGCAAGAUGCUCGCGGUUCCCGCGUCUGCGGUGCACGGGAUGCCGCCGACGAGCAAAGAGACCGUGUUCAUGGGGUUCGGAAGAGUCUACUCCGGAACGUUAAAAGUCGGCGACGUCGCGUACGUCAUCAACGAAUCGUACGACCCGUCCGCGCCCGAGGACGGCGCGUGCCAGGAGAUCGUCAUCGAGGAACUGUACCUCAUGAUGGGCCGAGGAAUGUUCAAGGUGGACGAAGUUCCCGCGGGGAACAUCCUCGCCGUGGGCGGGUUGGACAAGUACGUCCUAAAGAGCGCGACCAUCUCGAGCGCGCGGAUGUGCGCGCCGAUGGGGAUGAUGAUGUUUCAAGUCGCGCCGAUCGUGAAGGUGGCGGUCGAGCCCGAGUCCGUGGCGGACAUGCCCGCGCUCCUGGAGGGCUUGCGGCUUUUGAACCGCUCGGACGCGUUCGUGGAGGUGGGGCUGAUGGACACGGGCGAGCACGUCAUCGCGGCCGCGGGGGAGGUGCACUUGGAGCGCUGCGUCGCGGACUUGAGAGAGCGGUUCGCGAAGGUGGAGUUGAAAGUCUCCCCGCCGCUCGUUUCGUUUCGCGAGGGCGUGUCCUCCAUCGGCGUCGCGGAGGCGACGACGUCGAACGGUCUGCUCACGAUCCGAGCGACGACGAGACCGCUGCCGAUUUUUUUCCCGCGCGUCAUCGAGGACAGCGCGGAGUCGCUUAAGCAGAUUUUACUGAGCGCGCAUCACAACGACGUCGACGCGGACGCCGUCGCCGCGCUCGCGCCGGAGAUCAUGAAGAAGCUCGAGACGUCGUUAGAAGCGGUGAAAGUCGACGACGAUGGUCUCGACGGCGUCAUACCGAAGGCGAUGUCCACCGCGUGGGCGCUCGGGCCGAAACAAGUCGGUCCCAACGUGUUGAGCAUCGGGAAGAUGCUCGACGGUCCGGGCGGGGGCGCGGUCGGCGCGUUUGGGAAGCCGGUCGUCGGCGGGGCGUUCGGGUUCGAGUCGACGCCGUCGAGCGCGACGUCGAGCGGGAGCAAGUGCGGGCUGGUGAACUUCUCCGAUCCCGCGACGGUCGCCGCGAUCGAGGGAAACGCGCUGACCGGGUUUCAGAUGGCGACCGAGCGCGGACCGCUGUGCGAAGAGCCGUUGUUCGGCGUGAACGUCGUCCUGGAGGCGUUUUCGAAAAUCGAUCCGGACCGCGGCGAGGACUCGGACGACGGCGCGGGGGAGGAUCAGUACGGUCCGUUCUCGGGGCAGGUCAUCGCCGCGACGCGGGAAGCGAUUCGACAGAGCGUUCUGAAAGCGAGUCCGCGGCUCGUGGAGGCGAUGUAUCUGUCCGUGAUCACGACGACGUCGGAGGCGUUGGGGGGGACGUACUCCGUCCUCGGGAAGCGCCGCGCGAAAAUUAUUUCGGAGAGCAUCCGAGAGGGCACCGGGGUGUUCAUCAUCCACAGCUACCUCCCCGUCGCGACGUCGUUCGGGUUCGCGGACGAGUUACGGCACAGCAGCUCCGGGGCGUCGAACGCGCAGCUGAUGUUAUCCCACUGGGAGCACCUGGACGUGGACCCGUUCUUCACGCCGAAGACAAAGGAGGAAAGAGAGGAGUUUGGCGAAGACGGCGACGCCGGGCCGAACAUCGCGCGGAAGCUCGUGGACGCGACGCGGCGACGGAAAGGGCUCAAGGUCGAGGAGAAGGUCGUCAAGGUCGCGACGAAGCAGCGAACGAUGUCGCGCAAGGCGUGAUCGCGACGGGAGCCGCGCGGUCGUCAGAAGAAGUUGUUCUUCUUGUCCGCCUGCGCGUCCCUCAGGAGCUUGACGAAGAUCGCCUUCGCCUCCGCGGUCGUCUUCCCCUGGUGCUGCUUGUACCCGCCCCACACGAGCUUACCGGCGUAGUCGAUCGCGCCUUUCUCGUCCCACUGCGGCUCUUCCUCGGUGCAGUCGCCUUUUUCGACUUGCGAUUUCGCGCCCGUGGAGCUGUAGUACAAGUCGGACUUGACCGCGGCGCCGCCGGGUCUGCGUGAAGAUGAGAUGUAGGAGUUUAGUAACGAACGCGAUUAGAACGACCGAGUC